GGUUGAAAACAACCAAACCUUUACUCAGCUAUCGAUAAAUCACAAUCAGGUCUGCGAUUAAGGCCCCACUCUGACGUCAAAGUCCUACAGAAGUACCAUAUAAUGCGUCAUGACAUCAUACCUCUAACCCCGAUAUACUCUCUUCCCCCAUGUUAACAUGAAAUCUAGGUCUAUGAAAUCUCCCCCUGGUUCCGCGAUCCUUAUAGCACUGGGCAGAUCCCAUGCACGCCUUUAUUAGUAUGGUAUGUAGAUCAUGUGCCCAAGCAGGUGAGUGCCGCAUUGCCAGGUGGAACGAGGCGACGCGGCAUUUUAACAACCGUCUGAAGUGAACUCGGUAGGCGAUUGCACAUACGUAACGAAUGUAUGCGUAAAGAUGGUGGUAGCUGAGCUACAGAUACACAGACGAUAUUUCAAUGAUUAGAGAAACAUGACAUUUAAAACCGCGAUGCCGGUGGACCGAGGACGAAGCCUUCGGCGCGUUUUCUGGGCAUCCUUUAUCGCUUUCCUGGUGGCAGAUUCUGCAGAUUGCGCCCUCAGUCUCACAGUCCAGAGCCCCCCGACGGUCAUUGCCAAGGCUGGUAGCAAUGUGAUUCUGAACGUGUCCUUCGCUGGAGCCCAGAAUCCCUUAAUAGAGUGGUAUGUGGACGCGUUGACUAUCGUGACCUGGAGUAGCCCCAGUCCCCCAGAAAUCGCCCCUAAUUACUUGGGUGUCGUGUCGCUGAUGCCCAAUGGAUCGCUCGUCUUCAGCAACGUGCAGAAGAAUUACAGUGCCACUUACACCGUGAGCAUCACGAAGUCUGGUGUUAUAAAAGCGACCGGCAAAAUCACUCUCCAAGUCUUUGCCCAACCUGUGUGCUUGAUUCAGAGCGCAAAUACAAAUCUGAAUUACACCUGUCAGACGCCAGGAGACGCCAUUUCAAUGCUGUCCUUCCCAGAUCUGAACCAGACCCUCACUAUGAGUGGGAGCUUAAGCCUUGUAGUCCCAGCAAGUAAAAAUCUCAAUGGAAGCCCAAUAUUUUGUGUUGCCAAGCAGAUCAACAUCACGCAAAGCUGCAGCGUGACAGCUGAAGCCCCUCAAGGUGUUGCGUCUACGGUCUCCAGCACGGUGAGCAAUGGGAACCUGGUGGUCACCAUCACCUGUGCCAUCGGGUCUGUGCCAGCAGCCAGCAUCACCUGGUCCAAAGGCUCUCAGGUCCUGUCAAACGGAGGGCAGUAUCAGAUCAGCAGUGACACCACGCAGCUGAACAUCACCAGCUUCAACCUGACCACGUCUGACCUCAGCACUUAUACCUGCAACGGCAGCAACCCUCUUGGAAGCCAAAAGAACAGCAUUCCACUGAUAGGCCCCACAAUCUCAAAUUCCAGCCUUAUCUCCAAUGCAGCAGGUACCAUGGUAACGCUGACCUGGAAUGCCCCCCUCACCUCUGUCUUCACAGGCUUUAAUAUCCAGAUGGAGGGACCUGCUCUCCAGCCCAGCAAUGGAACAAACCAGACUACAGGAGGUUUACAAACUAUAGCGGUGAUGCCAAGCAGCGCCCGGAGCAAACAGAUCUCUGGGCUUAACCCCAAGUCCAACUACUGGUUCUGGAUCGUCCCCUUGGCAGGCAGUGUCAUCGGGCCGCCUUCACAAAACUACAGUGUCGGACCAGAGUGCAACUCCAGUCUCUCAGUCUACAGCCCCCCCACAGUCAUUGCCAAGGCUGGUAGCAACGUGACUCUGAACGUGUUGAUUACUGGAGCCCAGAAUCCUGUAAUAGAGUGGUCUGUGGGCGCGUUGCCUAUCGUGACCUGGACGAGCCCCAAACCCCCAGCCAUCGCCCCUAAUUACAUGGGCGUCGUGUCGCUGAUGGCCAAUGGAUCGCUCGUCUUCAGCAACGUGCCGCAGAAUUACAGUGCCACUUACACCUUGAACAUCACAAAGAUCGGUUUUUGCCCAAAGGCUAUCAAUAUCACACUUCGAGUGUUUGCUGGACCUGUGUGCUCAGUUCAGAGUGCAAAAGCAGAUCUGCAGUACACCUGUCAGACGCCAGGAGACAAUGGUUCACUGCUGUCGUUCCCAUAUCUGAGUGAUACCACUAAAAUUGGGAGCCUAAGCCUUGUAGUCUCAGCAACUCAAGAUCUCAAUGGAAAGGAAAUCUCUUGCGUUGCCUUUCAGAUGAACAUGACGCAAAGCUGCAGUGUGACAGCUCAAGCCCCUCAAGGCUUCUUGCCCACGGUCUCCAGCACGGUGAGCAAUGGGAACCUGGUGGUCACCAUCACCUGUGCCCUCGGGUCUGUGCCAGCAGCCAGCACCACCUGGUUCAAAGGCUCACAGGUCCUGUCAAACGGAGGGCCGUAUCAGAUCAGCAGUGACACCACGCAGCUGAACAUCACAGGGUUGAACUUGAUCGCAUCUGACCUCAGCACUUACACUUGCAAUGGCAGCAACCCUUUUGGAAGCCAAAAGACCAGCAUUCAGCUGACAGGCCCCACAAUCUCAGAGUCCAGCAUUAUCCCCAAUGCAGCAGGUACCAUGGUAACGCUGACCUGGAAUGUCCCCCGCACCUCUGUCUUCACAGGCUUUAGUAUCCAGAUGGAGGGACCUGCUCUCCAGCCCAGCAAUGGAAUGAAUCGGCGUAGAAAACGAGACACAGGAGGUUUACAAACCAUAGCGGUGAUGCCAAGCAGCGCCCGGAGCACACAGAUCUCUGGGCUUGACCCCAAGUCCAACUACUGGUUCUGGAUCGUCCCCUUGGCAGGCAGUGUCAUCGGGGCGCCUUCACAAAACUACAGUGUCGGACCAGUCCAGGGACUGAGCAAGGCGGCAAUCCUGGGCCUCGCUAUCGGAAUCCCCUGCGGUUUCCUCCUCCUCAUCAUCAUCAUCGCUCUCAUCAUCCUCUGUGUCGUCUGCUGCAGACGGAGACGCCGACGGCACACGUAUCCUCCUCCCAGGGCUUCUCAGAAGGUAGUGACAGGCCAAGCCAAUCCGAACACCCCACACAACCUGGUCACUAGAGGAAUUCAAAAUGGGUCUCCUGUCAAAAACACCAAGGGAAACCCCGAGCGACAUUUACCCCUCCCCUCCACAGAGACGCUUUCCCCUAUGCGGACAGCCACGACUGUCUAAAGAAGGAAAAAUGUACUAUCUUACACUGAAAUAAUGUUUUUAUAUUGACAGAAAUGUAUAUCUAGUAUUAUGAUGUUGUUCCUUCUAUUGUAAUUAUUACUAUUCCUGCAUUUUAAAAACAAACCCCUCAACAUUAAGCAAAAGUUAGUUAUUUUAUUUGUUUAAAAAAAAAAACACAGGAAAGCAUCCAACUAUCCUCCAGGAAUUCCCUUCCUGAUAGGGUGCAAAUUACACUUCAAAAAUUAUACUUCAAACACGUCACCCUUUCCAGAACGCCUAAGACUGCUUUAAGGUGACACUUGGACAGUGGCUUGGCAUACAUUUAACUUAAACUACUUAAUCCUUAAUUGAAUAAAUUAGGGACACCACUAUAAUGCUUCUUCCAGAUCUGGUAUGAGUACUGAUACUUGCUUUCUCCUAGAUACUAUUACCAGUUAGUGCUGGGCAAUGUCUAAAAAUAGAAAAUGCAGUAUUUUUAUUUGAAAACAUCAUACUAAACGUUAAUAUUGUAAUCGCCCCCCUUGGGCAGCCUGGGUGCACACCCCGGGCACUUUAAAUUCGGCUGGGCAAUAUAAACGAUACAUUGAUUUAUUGUCUUACAAAGUGAAAACAAUAAGAAAGUGAGAAACUUAACAAACUGUCAAUAAAGAACAUUGCUUGGCACCAUU